UUGGUUUCUCUAAACAAAUAUUUCUCACCUGGAUACUGUUUGCGACUUUGGUUUUUGAAGUGUUGAGUGACGUGACACGUUAUAAAGAUUGUACGGAAUUGCACAUUUUGAAGAGAGGUGUUAUCGUGAAUAGGAAGAUUUCAUUGUUGUUGUUUUUUUACGGAUAAUUUACUCAGGUAACUGUCGUCUCGAUCAAGAAUGCGGAAGUGAAAUGUGACUGACAGUCAAGACUUGUCACUCCAGCAUCACUGGCUGAUGACAAAGUACACGACUGUCCUCAGCAAUUUGUUUCAUCUCAUAAUGACGGAUACCAUGAGUGAUGGACUGACGUCCUCAACAGCAGACGCUUUCAGCUCUCAUCAGAAGUUUUUUAUCAUGAAUGUUGACAAGUCAGUGAGCGCCCAGUACCUGAAGGGCUGCAUGUGUCUGGACCCCAGCCUUCAGGUGCACAUACAUGUGGACAGGCAGGGCAGGUCCAUGGAGUGUGCAGAGGUGCUGGUGCCCAAGACCCUCAUAAAAGAGGUGUUACAGAUGGAUGGCAUGCUUCUGAAAGGAAAGAUGUUAUCAGUCAAGAAGCCAGAGACGAUGCACAAAGCUAUCUUGUCAAGAUGGAAAAAGAAUGAGGAAGGGGUCAUGUUUUGUGGCUCCCAGUAUUCCGAGUCUGUGGAGAGAAUGGCAAAGGCGGAGAUGAAGUUGCUGUAUCACAUGACUGAUGCUGGUGCUUAUCUCACAGAUCAGAAUUUCACAGCAAAGAAAGAUGUCGAUGAGGUCAUCAACAGAGCUUUCCUAUCUGGGGUAGAGAAGAUCGUGGUGAAGGCGCUGACAGUGAGACAGGCGAUGAAGGCCCAGGCACUGGCCGACGCCUACCCUGGGAUCAUCUACUUCACAGCAGGCGUCCAUCCAAUGAAAGAGAUUACCUGGAAGGGGGAGACAACUCUACAGGGACUGCGUGGCCUUCUAGCACACCCUGGGUGUGUUGCCCUGGGUGAAAUCGGGCUGGACAAGGAUGAGACAGUCACACAGCGAGACAUGUUCUCAUCACAGGUGAAGUUGGCAUGUGAAAUGGAUAUGCCCCUGGUGUUGUGUGAUGGGGGUAAGUCAGAGACAAUACACACCAUCCUCACAGAGUUCAAGGACCAACUGCCGCCAGUUUGUGUUAAAGGAGACCGCCUCACAUCCUCAGCACUGCAGACAUUCCACAACAUGGGGUGCUACAUCUCCUUGACAGGAUAUGCCUGGAUGACCCCUUAUAAGGCAGGUCCAAGAGAUUGGCUGAGCAGCGUGUCACAUGACGUAGACAACACACGACUACUUCUGGCCAGUGACUCUCCGGGAAAGUUCCCCAACUUCCUCAGCAAGUUCACUGCUGCAACGAGAUCUUACCAUGCAGCACUCUACAAAGUUGAUUGUUUGAACAUGACAGAGGCCUGCCAACAGCUGACAGUGAAGUACUGUUCCAAGCGGAACGAGCCAUUCAGCGUGCACAGCAUCCUGGAGUUGGCAUCCGGUGGAGUUCAACGAACUCCGCAACAACUUGCAGCCAUUGUUAGAAAAAAUGCAAAUAGAUUUUACAGUUUUGCUGAAAAGUCUGAAAGGAAGUGGUCAGAAUGUUCCAAACAGGAGGCGACCUCGGAGGUUGUUGACCUCCAGACAGACAAGAGGAGGAACUACGUGUCGCCGGGCCUCUCCCUCACCCUCGCUCUCCUCCUGGUUGUCAUCUUGUUAACCUUCCAGCAUGUUUGGAAACUUGAUUCUAUGAGUGAGUGAGUCGGUGGAGUUUGAAGCUGCUGUGUACAGGAUUUCAUUCAUAUCUUAUCUUACAGCUUCGUGUGGGGGCACGGGUGGCCCAGUAGUCUAAGCCGCGCGAUUCGCUGUGCAGAGUUGCGUCCCUUGGGCACGCCAGAAACCUAUGAUUGUGGGUUCAAAUCCUGGUUUGCCCCGAUUAUGUUU